AUGUAUCGUACUCUGUUGGAAGACGGUAUAAUGAAAACGGUCUGGUGCGCAGACCGGGAUAGCACAGUGUGUGCCAAAGCGCAAACGUUCAAGCUGCAGGACAUGAACAAAGAGAAGCAAGGCCGUCAAUUCAAUCCGGAACGGAUCGAAGAGGUCAUACAUAGCCCUGUCGAGACCAUCGCAAAGGGCAUACGAACUGUUCUGCUUGGUCCUCCUGGGUCUGGAAAAGGAACACAGGCUCCCAUAUUGGCUGAGAAGUACCAGUCUUGCCAUUUGUCCACGGGCGACUUGCUCCGUGCUGAGAUGACGUCCGGAUCCCCUCCUCGGAAAGAAAAUUAA